AUGAAGGAAAAUAUUAAAAAACUUCAUGGAUGGUUGAGGGAUAAAGGCUUGGAACUGUCGGAUGAGAAAAGCUCGAUAGGGUAUUCACAAGACAUAGUGAAACCAGAAAUUCCAAAGUCCGAGCGUUACGUGGAUCCUGCAAUGAUUGGUGUGUUGGUUGGAAUGGCCUUAAUGUUCAUCAUUAUUUGUGUCGUCUUGAGGUUAUUCAGCAAUGCUCGUUGGCGUGAAAAUCGAACGAUUUUCAACACCCCGAAUCCGCGCUUGAUGAACGUGUCCCUGUUGCGAGAGAGCAAGCACGAACGAAGGGGCUCUAGGGGGUCCGUCAGGGCUCCCUCCAGGAGGCCCAGCAUGGCGUCUCUUAGGCCACAAAGUCCGCAAUCAGCAGGACCCAAUCAAGGAGGCCAACAACGAGGCGCCAAUGUAACGAGCGCUGAAGUUUCCUUAUUCGAACCAUGA